UCCUUAACUUGGAAUUUCUGGUGAGUUGAUCAGUUGCUUUUGUUUAUUAAUUAUAAAAUUGAAAAGUUCUUAAACUAUGUUGUUACUGUGCCAGGUAAUUUACACAUGGAAUUAGUAAAUCAUCUCACAAAAGCUGCAGAUUGGAAGAAUGAAGAACUGACCAACAUUUUCGCGGAGCAAAAACCAGCCAGGGCGGAGAAGUUACUCAACGUUUUUAUAAUGCUUUGGAGAUGGGCGUACUGGCUGGUGACAGUUUCAGUAUGUGCGGCGAGCCAAUAUGACACCGGAGGGGACAAAAAUGCGAUAACAGACAUUGGAGAGAAUGCAACAGAACGCUUAGAACCUAUCAAUGGAACACCAAACUUUAGACUGAUCAAACCGGAGAAGGUUACACAAUGGUUUCCAGAACGAGAAAUCAAACUUGAUAGUUGUGUUCGAAAAGCAAGAUGUGAAACAUUGGGCAAAAACACUUGUUUAGGUAUUAAAUUACCAUACGAUAAAACGAGUGUACACCUUACUUUCUAUGAUACGCAGAAUAAAAUACAAAAUCAAUUGGAAUUGUACAGGGUGUUGAUAAAUGUGCCAAAAUGUUGGGCUGUGAUUCAACCUUUACUGUGCGCUGUGUUUAUGCCAAAAUGUGAACGGAUACUUGGACAGGAUAUGGUGUAUCUGCCUUCAUAUGAAAUGUGCAAAAUAACAAUGGAACCUUGUGCUAUUUUAUACAAUACUUCGUAUUUCCCGUCGUUUUUAAAAUGCAACACAACAAGGUUCCCCUCGAAAUGUGACAAUGCUGCUAGAGAAAUGAAGUUUAAUACAACUGGAAAAUGUUUAUCACCUUUAAUACAUACUGACAAAACUGUACAUUUUUAUGAAGGUAUAUCAGGAUGUGGUCUACCGUGCCGGGAUCCGUUAUACUCUGAAGACGAACAUCAACAAAUACAUCGACUAGUGGCUUGGGGGGCUGGAGUCUGCUUGGCUUUCAAUUUGCUGACUGUCGCCACGUUUCUUAUAGACUGGCGUAGUGCUAACAAGUAUCCUGCGCUUGUCAUCUUUUAUAUCAAUAUGUGUUUUGCUGUUGCUUCAAUGGGUUGGUUGGUGCAGUUUGGAGUUGGUUCGAGGGAUGACAUAGUGUGUUCAAAGGAUGGUACCAGACGACGCGGGGAGCCUUCAGCUGAGGAGAAUUUGUCCUGUGUGGUCGUGUUUGUCUUGGUAUAUUAUUUCAUGAUGGCUGCGUGCGUUUGGUUCGUUAUUUUCACGUACGCGUGGCAUAUGAGUUUUAGAGCAUUGGGCAAGAUCCAAGACAGGAUAGACAAGAAGGCGGCGUACUUCCACUUGGUGGCGUGGUCGCUGCCGCUGGUGCUCACCAUCACCACGAUGGCGUUCGGCGAGGUGGACGGCAGCAGCGUCACCGGCGUCUGCUUCGUGGGAUAUGUCAACCACCCAAUGCGUGCCGCCUUACUGCUGGCGCCACUAUCUGUUGUCUUGAUACUUGGAGGAUACUUCCUUUUACGUGGUGUGUUUUCACUGAUCGCGGUGCGUGUGUCGAGCAAGGACGUGAUAUCGGCGCGCGCGGCCAACAAGAUCCGGCAGACGAUAACGCGGUGCUCGCUCACCGCCGCGCUCGUCGCCGUCUUCAUCACCGUCACCGUCGCCUGCCACGUCUACGAGUUCAGGAACGCGGACUCCUGGAGGCGAGCCUUCAUGAACAAUAUCAUCUGUCGUCUGGAGGCGCUGAAGGAGCCUGAGAUGGAGUGCUCCGCGGGCGCGCGGCCCUCGGUGUCAGUGCUGCAGCUGCGGCUGCUGUGCUGCUUCGCGGCCGGCGCGCUCAUGGCCUCCUGGACCUGGACCCCGGCAGCCGCCGCCGCCUGGAGGAGAUACAUGGCCAGGAAGUGCGGGUGCUCGGUGGAGGCGGACGGCACGCGGCGCGCGCGCAAGGACGAGCUGAUAGCGCGCGCGUACCGCCGCCGCGGCGAGUUCGCGGCGCGCGGCCGCAUCUCCAUCUCGCUGGGCGCCUCGCGCCAGGACCCCGUCGGCCUCGGCCUCGACCGCGCGCCCAUCGACUGCCACACCGACGACAAGCACGAGAGUGGUGAACUAUCAUCAUCAUGGGCGGCCAAUCUGCCGCGCUUUGUGCGGCGACGUGACGCGCUCGUGUUGCCGGCGCACGCGCACCACUCGCUCAGCUCCACACCCGACAGGCGCAACUCACAGGACUCGCAGAUCAGCAUCAGUCUACGUCACGUAUCCGUCGAAUCACGUCGCAACUCACUCGACAGCCAGCUGUCUGUUAAAAUAGCUGAAAUGAAGACUAAAGUCGGCAGACGGAGAACCAAACAUAGUAAAGCGAAGAGAAAGGCACGAGCCGCGAAUGCGAGAAAGGAAAGUACACCUUCCAUAGAGAGUCAGAUAAGUCGAUACUGGCUCCAGGCUAUGGCAGCUAAUAAUGACCCCUCUAGAGAAGAGGUCAAAUUCAGCUUCGAUUGAGUCAUAUAGUUUUAGCUUUUAGCACCGAAGGUAACUCACAAAAUACAAAUCUAUUUUUUAACACAUUUACUAACAGAUUCUUUAGAAUUUCAAGUUAAUAUAAACAAGUCAAUAAGUUGCAUUAAUUUUUUCCUUAUUAAAAGGAUUUAUAAGUAUUAAAUCAAACAUUUUUUAUCUGAUCAAUGGCAUUUCUGCAAUAUUUUUCUAAAAACAAUAGUAUAUAGUAAUAGUACAAAAAUAUGUUUUUUUUUUAAAUUUAUGAUUUCACUUACUAUGAGCUUUUAAUGUUACGCAUUUAACAUUUCCUACUAUUUUUAAUAGCUGCUAUUUUGACUUUACAUGAAUUUAAAUGAAAUUCUUAUUUACAGACAAUUUUAUCUAAAUAAUUAUGAUUAUAUUUUUAUAUUUCGUAAAAAAUUCGAAAAAUGAAUUUGGAUGAAAAAUUAUAUCAUUUAAUUAUAGGUAUUAACUAAGGGUUUUUAAGUACUAAAUAUAAGGUUAUGGUUAAGUGAAAAAGUUCAAAUAAUUUACGAUUUAAUAGCGCAAAACUGAUUUGCUUAAUUAAAAUAGGAUGCAAUUUUACCUCAUAAUCCGGCCGCUAAACAGCAAAAGACUGAACAGAAUCUCUUAUCUUUAUUCAUGACAAACACAAGAUAAUCAUAUAAUUGUGCCAUAAAUGAUAAAUGCCUUCAAAAUGUUUCGUAAUAUGAAAAAACGUGCUUGUUCAUGUAUCUUUAUAUGAAGUUUAUAUUUUUUACGACGGUGUUUUUAGAUUUUUUACAAUAAGAGACAUUUUUAAAAGGCAACACUGAUAGUUUUAAAUUUGUACAAAGAUCGUAGAUGGUUGUGAUAAAUCUAUGUUGUGAAAUGUGGUGUAAUAUUUGCUUCAGAAUGCUAAGUGUAUGAAAUAUGUGAGAGAAAUGAGAAUUUAUAAAGCUUAUUUGACUUGGAAUGAAUGAGUUUUUCUACAGAAAUACUAGAAAUGUAUGUGUUGUCUGUUGGAUGGUCACUGAUUUUUAUAGUUGCUUUUUAUCGCAAUAUGACUGAGAAUUGUUUUGAAAGGAGAAAAAUAGUGUUGAAUCCUGGUGAUUGUAUUUUUUAUGAUUAUUCAGGGUUAUAUUUUUUUACGACUGUACAUGCGUAAAAAAUCGUAGCUAACUUCACUGACUCGAGAUUGCAAUAUGAACGUUGUGAAGUUAUUUUAUGAAGCGUUGUGUAAAACAAUAUCGGUCACGGAGAUUGCGUUGCCGCGUGCAAUGUUUGGAUAAUUAACUCUGCAACAUGUUGGCAAUGUUAAUUACGGUGCGUUUCCACUACUGAAACAUUUGAACAUAGACAUUCUUAACUCUAUUUCAAAGGGAAUGAGAGGGAAAGCAAUAUGUUUAAGUGUUACCGCAUUAGCUCUCAUUCGCACGGACGCCUUUUUAACGCUCUCGCUUGUAAAAUGCAUUUUUUUUUUAUUGUAAGGCACGUUGCAAAAACGCCCGUGCGAAUGGGAGUUUAGAAGCAUAGGGUUGACACGCAUGUCCGUAAAUUGGAUAUUACCUCUAAAGUCUGCACCAGCUUUAAAUUUUGAAUUUUUUUGUGUAAAAUUGUAAUGAAUUGAUUACCAACAGUUUAGGAUAAUAAAUAAUUUUAAUCAUUUACGCUAAA